CAACGAUCGAAUUCAUCGAGAUUUUUACCCACCCGAAUAUCAAUCUUUAACAUGACGCAAUCAGAGGAUCAAAAGAGGAAGAUCGCCGACAUUGUCUCAAGCAAUGAAGGAGAGGCCGAGAAGAUUGAUCAGAUUGCUAAAGUCAGAGGCUGGUUCCGUCCAGAGGAAAACAGCGCGUACUAUCCUACAGUGCAGAAGUACCUUGAAGACGACAUCGACAUCGACACAGCAACCUCCACGCUCUUCGAACCAAUAGAUCAGAAGAUCAUCGCUCGGAAGUUGGCCGACGUAUACUUCCUGGAUCUCUGGUACUCCGUCAUUCAUGCCGCAAAGCGAAAGUCGUUUCACGAGGCUGAAGGCGAUGGCAAGUGCAACCCACAUUUCCACGCCAAAGUGGCCGACCUGGUCGCCGCCUUCCGUGACCACAAGAUCAAAGACCACGAAGAGUACAACUACCUCUACAGCUCAUUAACAGAUUUCUCAAUGGCCUGUCGUGAAAUUUACAACGAUGUGCCAGAGCCAUACGCGUCAGACAUCGAGAUCAAUGCCUGGGCAAAUGUCAACUUUUUCUACGCCCGAAUUACGGAGAAGGGCCUUCAGGACUUGAGCAUCUACGCAAUCUGGAGCAUGCGAACUGUACUCGAAAAUGAAGCCCAAGACGACGCCGAAGGCACUGCAGCACAAAAGUACAACGUCUACGUUCCUGCAGCCGCAUCCUGGAUCUUCGGCAUGGGCCGCGCUCUGUACACAAAGGAGGCUGAUCUUACGCCCACAGACCGCAAACAAGGGAACCCCGCCAAAGGCGGAGAACUAUGGAAGGGAAAAGCAGAGUUCAGCAAAGAGCGGUGGGGACUGUGGAAGGAGAGGCUAGCGGUGAUCAGCAAGAUGGAUGAGGUGUCAGAUAAGACGAAGAAUAUUGCGAGAGACGCGAUUGAGGCAAUGGAGAGGGCCGAGAGCUUCAAUUAUAACACGCAUUCGGGAUCAUAAGCUCAGAAAUCGAUAUCUUGACAGUGGUGUGGUGUGGCCUCACUGACGUACGAGGGAGGUGUAUCAAAGAGGUAAGCAUCAGUGAAAUAGUGCAGAAAUAGUUCUCAGAGACUACUAUCAGACUCGACCUGCGCUGCAGGGAAUCAAUCUCAUCGUGCAAUCCAUGAUGGAGCUCUAUCAUCCACAGCUUGCCCCCUUCCCUUUUAGUCCUGUACAGCUCUUCCCACCCCAUCAGUCCCUACGCUGGUUUCCUCCCUGCAACAAACGUUCCAACCAUAAACAG